AUGAAUUCUCCCAGCAGUCCAAAUAGGGUGAUUAAUAAUUAAUUCCGUUUAAAGAAAAAAUUAUCAGCAGGGUCAUAUGGAGUAGUAUUUGAAGCAGAGGACAUUAUUAAAAAUCAAAUGGUUGCUGUGAAAAUAGAGAAAAAAGAAAAGAAUUCAACUUUGGAUAGAGAAAUACAUAUUUUAACAAGAUUAUAAGGCACUUAAGGAGUUCCUAAAUUAAUCUGGAGUGGAACUGACAAUAAUUCAAAUGUUUUAGUGUAAUAGUUAUUGAGUAAAGAUAUUGGGGCUUAUCUAAAAGAAUAUAGAAAGUUUUCACUAAAAUCAGUGUUAAUAAUAACUGAUUACUUAUUAUAAGUUAUAAGAAGAAUUCAUAACAAAUCAGUAGUGCAUAGAGACUUGAAACCAGAAAAUAUAAUGUACCAUUCUAAACAAAUAUAUAUCGUGGAUUAUGGGAUUAGCAAAUUAUAUAGAGAUAAUAACUUAAAGCAUGUGUAAAUAAUUUAGAUUGAUUUGAUAUUAGUCCUUUUAAAGAUGGAAGAUCUUUUGUGGGUACAACAAGGUAUGCUUCUAUAGCAGCUCAUAAGGGAUAUGAAAUAGGAAGGAAAGAUGAUUUGGAAUCAAUAAUUUAUAUUGAUAUUCUCAUGCUAAAAGGGUAUAUUUAAAUGGUUAACUUAGAAUUUAGAUCUUUGCCAUGGUAAAACAUGUUAGGUUAGAAUAAUAAGGAAAGACAAAAAUAAGUAGGUGAAAAGAAAAUUAAGAUGACACCUUAAGAAAUUUGUGUAGACUUACCUAUAGAAUUUGCAAAAGCCUUAGAGUAUAUAUAUAUAUUUAUAUAAUAACAUAGUUAUAUAAGAUCCUUGUAAUAUUAAAGUGAUCCUGAUUAUGAUUUUUUGAUUUAGUUAUUUAGGAAAUUAGCUUAGUCUAGGAAAAUAGAUUAUGAUGAUGUUUAUGAUUGGACAGUUUAGAAUAAUAACUUAAAUAGUAUUAAUCAAAAAUAAGAAAACUAGAUUAUAUAGGUUGCUUCUUUAUAAUAGUUUGAAAGAACUCCUUUUUCAAAAUAAAAUAAAUGGUAAAUUAUGAAAUAAAUAAUGAUAGUCAUUCAUUGAAAGUACCUUCUACAUAGGAUAUUUUAUAGGAAAGAAAGAAAUCAUUUUAAAAUACUUCAUAAAUAUAGUUAUUAAAACCAGAUGAUUUUAAUAAGUCAAUAGAAAAUACUUAUUAAUUAAGUCAGAUGGUAAAUGAAUGUGACUCGAAAUAAGAUUACAUAUCUCAGGAUGAUGAUGCUGUUGAUACUUUAUUUACUAGAUAUAAUACAUUAAAAAAAUAGAAUAUAGAAAUGUACAUUUUAUCUAUUAAAUUAGACAUCACCCUUAGAAUGAAUAAAAGGCAUCAAGUGGAUUCAAAAAUUUGUGA